UAUCAUAAUAUAAUGUGAUACACUGAGGCCACACGAGGAGUUUAUAUUAUUUAUGGUAUCAAAGCUGUCAAGGUUCCCAUUGUCUCAAACCUAAUGAUUCAACAAAAAUUAUGAGAUUCACAUGACUUGCAAACAAUUUGAAGUGUACUGGCUUGUCUUUCUGUUUGGGGAUCCUCCCGUUUGGUUCAUGUGAUACUACUAAUUGGCAAAGUUGUGUGCAGAUCUUGCCAGACUCUUGUGCAACUAUCAUGUGGGCAUCAUUGUCCAAUCGUAACUACGCAAAAUGUUGUUGACAUUAAUUUUCUUGCUAGAGGAAACAGCAGGGCCGUCAAUGCCAUUCGUGCAUUCCAUUUUUUAUAGACCAACCUUUGAAUUAUUGCAUUCAAACCAUAUUAGAUGAUAAGAUAUGCCACUGAUUAUCCAAGAUACAAACAAUUAAUUAUGUGGUCAGUUUGGGGUCUAUUUGGGGGAGACAUUGAGUGAACAUCUCUGUGAGAGCAUACAGAUCCAAAUCAAGAUCACGUUGUAGCCAGGUGAUAGUUGAUGAGGAUGAGAUUCCUUGUCUCCUUCACCCUCUUAAUAUAUAUAGAGCCUAUGACAAGGAAAGAAAACAACCCAAACCCGCAACUUCGAUUAUAUUGCAUAUACCAGCGCUAAUCCUUCGAAUUGGAAAGAAAAAUGGCUUCCUCUCCAUUGAGAUCAAAAUUGAUCUACCAUGCUCGUUCUGUUAGCUUGCCCUCUAGGCCUCACCCGCUCAUUCCUCAAGUGAAUGAGCAUUUGUCAUCAGUAGACAACAAACUAAGCAGUCUUAAAGAUAUGUACAAUUGUUUGGAUGAUUUGCUUCUAUUGCCACACACUCAAAAAGUCUUUGCCCAACUAUGCCAUGAAAAAUGGGUUGAAGAGGCGUUGGAUGGGUAUCUAAGGCUCUUGGAUGUAUGUGCCGCUGCUAAAGAUGUCUCCUCUCAAACAAAGCAAGAUGUACAAGGCCUUCUUUCAGUCUUGCGACGAAGAAGGGAAACAAAUUACUUUUCAGGGUACUUGGCCUCUAGAAUGAAGGCAAAGAAGGCAAUCCAAAAGUCUUUGAAGGAUUUGAAGAGUAUCAAAAGCAAGAACACCGGUUUGGCCUCUGACAAAGACUGCAAAACUUUGGAGAUUGUUGUCUUGUUGAAUGAGGUCGAAGCAGCCACUGUUGGUGUGUUUGAGUCUUUGUUGUCCUAUGUUGCAGGGACAAAAAUGCAAUCAAGACUGGGUGGCUUUUCUUUGGUUUCCAAAUUGAUGCACCGUAAGGGUGUAGAUGAAGAAACAAACGCAAAUGAGUUUGAGAAAUUUGAUGAUGUGUUGCAAACACUCACCGAUCACAGGACAAGCAAAACUGAUAGUAUAAUACAUAUUGAGAGUUUGCGAAAUCAAUUGGGGGAGAUGGAGUUGAGCAUUCAAGAGCUCGAAAAAGGAUUAGAGUCUUUGUUCAGGCGUUUAAUCAAAACCAGAGUUUCCCUCCUAAACAUUCUCAACCACUAGACCAAGAUUUUGUUAUUUAGUGAAAAGCCUUUUGAUUUGUUGUUCAUACUUGUACAUGAAAUAGACACUUUUGUUUAUACUUUGAAUAUUAAUCAAAAUACUAAUGA